UUGAAUAGAAAAAAAAAGAAAAUAAUCAUCAUCGAGAAAAAAAAUUCUAUUUUUAUUCUUAAGCUGUUUGAUAAUCGAUUAAUAAUCCGAAUAGAUGAAACCAACAUCUAUGAAUGAAACCGAUCGUCUUAUCAUGAAUCAAUUGUGUAAAGUAUGCGGUGAACCUGCCGCUGGUUAUCAUUUUGGUGCAUUCACCUGCGAAGGAUGCAAGUCAUUUUUUGGGCGAACAUACAAUAAUCUUUCAGCGUUGGGUGAAUGUAAAAACAAUGGCGAAUGUGUCAUCAAUAAAAAGAAUCGUACAUCAUGUAAAAGUUGUCGUCUUAAGAAAUGUUUAAUGGUUGGCAUGUCCAAAAGUGGAUCUCGUUAUGGUCGCCGUUCGAAUUGGUUCAAAAUACAUUGUCUAAUACAGGAUCAACAGGAAAUGUCUAAUCGUAUGACCGAACAAGGUUUAAGUUUAACUGGCCAAGGCAAGAAUGGAUCAUCAGAUGUUGAUAUGAAAAUUUCUGAUACUAAAGAAUUUCUUGCCAAAUUCAAAGAAAAUGAAUUACGGAACACAUCAGCCGUCGUUAAUAAUCUCAAUGAAUUGACAGCUGCUGCUGCAGCGGCUGCUGUUGCACAAAAUAAUAAUAAUAAUAAUUCACAUUCGCAUCGUAUCUCACCACGAUUAGCCGCAUCACCAUCGACGACUAAUUCCGAAGGAUCAUUAGGUCAUAGGUCCGUUUCAUCUCCAUUUCAUCCGGGUUUAUUUGAUUCGGCCAAAAUGACGAAUCCAUUUACGAAUCCAUAUCUACCAGCAGCGGCCGCUGCAGCCGCAGCUGCUGCUGCUCAGCAACAACAACAGCAACAAGCUGUUAAUAGUCUUCCUUUUAAUGCCAAUGAUUUUCAAAAAGAAUUCAAUAAUUUAGCCAGUCGUUUUAAUCCUGGAACGAUACCUUUAGCACCAAUAUCACCAUUAUCUCCAUUAAAUGCAGCCGUUUCUCGUUUAUUCUUACAAAACAAUAAUGCAGCAAGUGCUAUGAGUGUUCUGGGCAAACGUUUCUCAGAAUUACAAAAACUACAAAAUGAACAGCUUUUGUUAAAUCAAGCAGCCAGUCGAUUUUUGAAUCCAACAGCAACAGCUCUUCAACAAGCUGUACUUAAACAACAACCUGGUCUAAAUUCCAGUAUAGGAACAGUCAUACCAAGCCAAAAAGACCUCGUAGAAGAAAUGACCAAUGGCAUUCGGCAAUUUUAUGGUGAUACACCGGUACAAGAUGGUCCUAUUGAUUUAUCCAUUAAAAAACUAAGUGAUUAUAGAGAAUUAUCAUUAGCCGCUGCAACAGCAGAAUUAUUGUCUAAAUGUCAUACACAAAAAAUUCCUGGCGAUCAUGAUUCCGGAUUUUCGCCAUCAAGUAAUGAAGAUAAUCAUAAUACAUCACCAUUAGAUCUGACAUCAACCACACAGACUAAUAAUUCAAAUAUACUUAGUAAUAAACGGCCAUGUUUAUCAUCUGUUCGAAGUUCUGGUGGCCGUUCUGCAUCAAUGAUGUUGAUCAAAAAUAAUUGUAAUAAUAAAAAUAUUCAUAAUGAUAACAAUAGUAAACUGGAAAGAUUGUCAUUAAAAACGUCUAAAUCACAUUUGUUAGAAGAUAAUGAAGAUAUUGAAGUCGAUGAAGAUGAUGAAGAUGAUGAUGUAGAUGUAGCCGAUGAUUAUUGUGAUGAUGGUGAUGAUGAAACAUCUGAUAUCGAAGUUCAUAAUAACGAAAAUAAUAAUGAUAACAAUGAUGAUUAUGAUAAUGAUAUUAUGAAUGAUGAUAAUGAUACACAUCUACAUCGUAGAUUUUCGACAAAAAUUUCCAAAAGAAUUUCUAAUGAUUUGAAUUCGAAUCAACAUAACAACAAUAACAACAACAGUCAACAUAGUCAUCGACAUGAAAUUCCAUGUUCACCUUAAUUGAAUUACAACAAUGUCAUUCAUCUGAAAUCAUUUCCAAUUAUUUUCACUUAUCUCUCAACACACACUAACAAUUUUUUUUCAAAUUGUCCAAUUGACUCACAUUUGUUUUGUUAUUUUUUUUUGUGAAUGUAUCUCAUAAUCCUAUCUAUCUUUCUCAUUCUCUUUUCUCACACUUUUAUCAAAACAAACAACUUAUAAAUGAAAAAUUAAUAAUAAUAAUAAUUCUUCGAACUAUGAUUACGAAAAUUUACUUAGACUGACAUUACAGAAUAUUGUACACUGACACAUUACACACCAAAACAAACUACUACUUGAUCAUCAUCA